CCGGGGAUUUUUGGGAUUUUUUUAGAGGAUUUUUUUUUGGAUUUUUCCCGGAGAUUUUCGGGGAUUUUUUCCAUGGAAUUCCAGUUGGUUUUAUUUUUUUGGUUUUUUUUUUUGUUGUUUUUGUUUUUUUUUGUUUGUUUGGUUUUUUUUUUUUAUUUUCCUAUGGAAUUCCAGAGAUUUGUAGGAUUUUCCCCAAUUUUACCAUCCAGACCAUGGAACAUCAUCGAUCCCACAAAAUUCCUAUGAAUUCCCAGAAUUUUGGGCAAAACCCAAUAGGAAUUUGGGGGGUUUUUUUUGGUUUUUUUUUUUUGUUUGUUUGUAUUUUGUUUUUUUGUUUGUUUGUUUUUGUUGUUUUUUUUUUUCUUUUUUCUUGGAAUUCCUGAUUUUUUCUAUGGAAAUCUCUGAGGUUUUUUUUUUUUUUUUUCACAAUGGGAUUGUGGGGGUGGAAAUUCCGUGAAUUUUGGGAAUUUUGGGAGAAUAAUUCCACGUUUUCCCUCCCUCAGGAAGGAAAAUGGGAAGCAGAGAAAGUGAUUGAGGUGCCCAAGAAAAAAGUCCAGGGAUGGCUGCUCCCAGAAAUGCCAGGUUUGAUCACAGAUAUCCUGAUUUCCCUGGAUGAUAAAUUCCUUUAUUUCAGUAACUGGAUCCACGGGGACGUGCGCCAGUACAACAUCACUGAUCCCAAAAACCCCAAACUCGUGGGGCAGGUUUUUUUGGGAGGCAGCAUCAGCAAAGGGGGAGCUGUGACCGUGCUGGAAGAUCAGGAAUUGCAGGAGCAGCCCGAGCCCUGCGUCAUCCAGGGGAAGAGGAUCCCAGGAGGGCCCCAGAUGCUGCAGCUCAGCCUGGACGGGCGCCGGCUCUACGUGACCUCGUCCCUGUUCAGCUCCUGGGACCGGCAGUUCUACCCCGAGCUGAUGACGGAGGGCUCGGUGCUGCUCCAGGUGGACGUGGACACGGAGAGGGGGGGGCUGAUCCCAAAUCCCAAAUUCCUGCUGGAUUUUGGGAAGGAGCCCGGGGGGCCCUGCCUGGCACACGAGGUGCGGUACCCGGGGGGGGACUGCACCUCUGACAUCUGGGUCUGAGAAUUCCCAAAAAAAA